AUGGGAAAGACAUUAACCUUGGGUCCGAAUUUGAGGUACCCAAUUACAAUCACCAAGUUAUACAAGAAACAUGGCGAUCAGAUUUCGAAACGGGACUCACUCCUCGAAUACAAAUAUCAUUGGAAGCUAAUGGUUGGCGAUCCAUUGGGCGAGCAAUGGGAAGAAGAACAAACAUCGUAUGGAACAUGGGAUAGUCCUUCUGACGGGACUAUCGAGAAAUGGUUGGUCAAAGAAAGCAUGACCAUUGAGAGCGAUGGACCUGUUGUCGAUGUUGAAGAAAGUUGUUCGCAUGCUGUCCAGUAUGCGGGACUCUGUGGGAUGUGUGGAAAAGAUAUGACCGAGGUCUCUUGGGCCACCAGUACGCUCGAUACAGACCGAGCUAGAAUCAAUAUGAUCCACGACCAAACACACCUCACAGUUAGUCUUGACGAGGCUUCGAAGGCGGAAGAAGAAUUGCAACGACGGCUACUUAAGAAUCGAAAACUUUCGUUGGUGGUGGAUCUGGAUCAGACCAUUAUCCAUGCUUGUAUUGAACCUACUGUUGGAGAAUGGCAACGCGAUGUCAAUUCACCAAAUUACGAGGCCGUCAAAGAUGUGCGAUCCUUCCAACUCAAUGAUGAUGGUCCUCGCGGUCUCGCAUCCGGUUGUUGGUAUUACAUUAAAAUGCGCCCUGGCCUUGCGGAGUUUCUCGCAAAAGUCUCCGAAAUGUAUGAGCUACAUGUUUAUACUAUGGGUACUCGAGCAUAUGCAUUAAAUAUUGCAAAAAUCGUCGACCCUGGAAAGAAAUUAUUUGGUGAUCGUAUCAUCAGUCGAGACGAGAACGGCAACGUCACGGCAAAGAGUCUGGCUAGAUUGUUCCCUCAGAGCACGCAUAUGGUGGCAAUUAUUGAUGACCGCGCAGAUGUUUGGCCAAUGAAUCGUCCUAAUCUUAUUAAGGUUGUUCCUUAUGAUUUCUUUACUGGUAUCGGGGAUAUUAACUCGAGUUUCCUACCGAAAAGAGAGGAGCUUCCUAAAAUAUCCACACCCAAAAAGAAGCAUCACUCAAAGCCGGAGACCGGCACACUUGAGACGAUCGAAACACCUAUUGGAGAAGUUGCAACGCCUACAGAACCUGAAGCAGGCGAAACCAAAUCUGCCGAAGAAGCCAAGAAGGAACCAGCAACUGAGAAACCAAUUCUACCGAAACUCAACACGAUAGACGAUGACGCUUCAUUACUUGAACAAGCAGCGGAGCAAGAGAAAUUUUUGGAGCAACAAUUAAGAGACCGACCACUACUUCAUAAACAGGAAGAACUUGACGAAGCCGACAAAAAACAGGAAGAAGCAGAAAAGGCGGUCGAGGAUGGCACGGUUGAACAUCACACGCAUCGACACAGUGUUCUUAAGGAUGACGACGUCGAACUAACUUAUCUUCAACAACAUCUUACGGAUUUGCACAGAGCUUUCUAUGAAGAAUAUGAUAAAGCUUUGGUCAAUGUUCCAGGUGGACGAGUUGCACAACUAAAACCUGGUCAUCAAAGAAAGGUCAACGUCAAAAGUGAAGCUGCCGACCUCAAAGUGGUACCUAAUAUUGCAGUUGUGAUGCCGCGUCUCAAGUCUCAAGUCUUAGAUGGAUGUGUGAUUGUAAUGUCGGGUUUAGUUCCUUUGGGAGUCGACCUUAUGAGAUCUGAAAUUGCUCAGCAGAUAGAAAGCUUUGGUGGCAAAAUUCAUAAGAAGGUUUCGAAGAGAGUCACUCAUGUCGUUGCCUCGUCACAGAAAACCCGUACACAAAAAGUUCGAGAAGCGGCAAAAUAUCCUCACAUCAAGAUAGUCACACAACAAUGGUUGACUCAGUCGAUGAGCAAGUGGAAGAAGGAAGAUGAAUUAGAGUAUCUGGUGGAAAUAAAUCCAGCUGAUAGGAGACAAAGUGGCGAUUUGACUAAUGUUCCAUCUCCUGGUGAAGAUAGUGAGGAAUCUUCAGACUACACCGAGAGUGAAGAUUUUGAAGAUGACGACACAAGAUCUGAGCUAGAUGGAGAAGGUGUGAUGCCCGAUGAACCACGAGGUGACAUCUCUCCAACGACGGAUCUCAAUUGGUCAUCAAUAGAUGACGAAUUGGCCGAAUUCAUGGGUGAUGAUGAAUCCGGUACAGAAAGCGACACAAGUUUCACCAGUAAUAACAGUAACAACAGUCGAACAUCGCGUACAAGUUCAAGAAGAGGACAUAAACGAAGAUUCGACGAUGCGACGGAUGAAGAUGAAAGUGAAGAAGAAAGCACUAUGGCAAAAAAGCAGCGAGUAGCUAAUUCAAGAACAACGGGCCUGAAAACUGUAAAAACGCCAAAUAGUACAACGGAAUCGAGUCUUCUUACCCCGGGGGUUACGGGUGAUGAAAAUGACGAGGUUAAUCAAGUUAUGACGGAGGAAAGUGAUCAUAGUUUCGAAGAUGAUCUGGAAGCCGAAAUGCAGGCUGCUUUUGACCUGGAACUGGAGGAAGAAGCGGCUGCUGCCGCCGGUUGA